AUGGUCUGGAUCCAUGGCGGAGGCCUGACCACCGGCAGUUCCCUUAUCUAUCCCGGCGAGGCGCUGGCGGCGCACAGCAACGUGGUCCUGGUCACCAUCAACUACAGGCUGGGCGCGCUGGGCUUCCUGCCGACCAGGGACGAGGACGCGCCGGGGAACUUCGGGCUUCUCGACCAGGUGAAAGCGCUAGAGUGGGUGCAGGCCAACAUCCGCCUCUUUGGAGGGGACCCCUCCCGGGUCACCAUCUUCGGCCAGUCGGCGGGAGGCUGGAGCGUCUCCCUGCUCGUCAUGUCUCCCAUGGCAACGGGCCUGUUCCAGCGCGCCAUCUCCGAGAGCGGCGUGGCGGUCGUGCCCACUCUGCGGCGGGGGGACGUCUCCACUGCCGAGGCGCUGGCUCGGGCUGUCGGCUGCAGCACUGGGGGAUACGGGACCAUGAUGGACUGUCUUCGAGGAAAACCAGCGGAAGACCUCCAGACUGCAGAGGGCAUCAACAUGCAGACCCCGGUUAUAGACGGACGGUUCCUGACGGACACGCCCUGGAACAUCCUUAAGAAGCGUCAGCAGAACAGCGUGGACUACCUGCUGGGGAACAACAACGACGAGUACGGCUGGAUCCUGUCCCUGUUCCGCCCGUACGUGAACAGGGAGGGGAUGAACAGGACCGUGUUUCAGGACGUCCUGCCGGGGGACCUCUCCUGGAUACAGCGGACAUUCCCGACCGGUGACGUCAGCACGAUUGUCCAGCCGGUGACUGACCAGUACCUGGACGCGGCCGGACCAGAUGACCCUAUGGCCAUCCGUGACCAGUACCUCCGGUUCCUGACCGACAUGUGGUUCGCGGCGCCCACGGCUCUGAUGGCGCAGUCCCAAUCAGCGAAGCCCGUCCGAGUGUUCCAGUACGAGUUCCAGCACCGUUCCUCUGCCUUCUCCUUCAAGCCGCCCUACGUGAAGGUGGACCACAGCGACGAGGUGUUCUACGUGCUGGGUCUGCUGUUCGUGCGGGACAGCAACAGCACGUCCUGGAGGUACAGCUUCUCGGACAGCGAGAGACAGCUCUGCUUGGACAUCAUGGCGUACUGGACAAACUUCGCAACGAACGGGUGAGCCUACCGG